UGUUCUGAGUUUGUAGCAUCAAUAUUGCAGUAUAAGCAAAGGAGUAAAAUUGUGUCGUCUACUUGUCUAGUACUCAUACGAGAUAAUAUCAGUGUCUUAUCUAAUUAUCUUACAUAUAAAACCAAAAAAAACCAUGUAGCUUACCUUUUAAAUGGCUGCCUUCUGAUUUCUUACUGAAACCCACGUAGCUGCUUAAAAUACCUUCACAACAGCUUCAAAUGGUUGCUUUUUACCUAUUGAAGUGAUUUAAUCAGAAGUACAUCUCUUUAUUCAUCAUGUCUCUGAAUUGUCCUAGGUUGUUCUUAUAUAUGCUGCUCUUUUCCUUUCUUAUACCUCAUUGUAGCGCGAGUUAUUGUUUAGCAGAUGGCUCUAAAAUCAGUGAUAGUAGCCAAAGCACCUUACUAUCUCCAACCAAAGUUUUUGAGCUUGGAUUCUUUACUCCUGAUGAGAGGUUCAACAGAAACAGGUAUUUGGGUAUAUGGUAUUACCGCUCCAAUCCUAGGAUAGUUGUAUGGGUUGCUAAUAGAGAAAAUCCUGUUUUGGGUAACAAUGGCUAUGUUGUAGUAAAAGGUGGUAAGGUUGAGGUGUUGGAUAAUGAUGAUUUGACUUACUGGUCAAUUGAUUCUGUUGCGUCUGUAAAUUUAACAAAAUUGUGUUUGAAUGAUAAUGGGAACUUAAUAUUAUCAAGUGGUCUAGGAGGAUCAAUCUUGUGGCAAAGCUUUCAUAACCUGACUGACACGAUUCUUCCCGGGAUGAUUUUAAAUGGAACCUUAAGAUCGUGGAAAAAUCGCAGUGACCCAAAACCAGGGAGCUCUCUAUUGCUGCUACAAUCAGGAAAUGAUCCUGAAAUCAAAAUUCAGGAAGAUGGAUAUCCAGAGUAUUGGGACAACAGAGCUGACCCUUCUGUUAAGAUUCCAUCCUCGCUGUCUGAAUUAUUAAGUAAUAGGGACGGCAAAACCUCUCUUCCUAACAAUACAAGAUUAGUGAUGAACUUCACUGGACAGAUUCAGCUGUGGAAGUGGGAAAGCGAAAGCGGCUGGUCUCUUGAUUGGCAAGAGCCAAAAGAUAGGUGUAGCUUUAAUGAUGUAUGUGGAAACUUUGGCAGUUGCAAUAGUAAUAGUGGGUUGCCUUGCAAAUGCUUGCCAGGAUUUAAACCUAGUUUGUUGUCUGAAUGGAAUUCAGGAUGCUUUUCUGGUGGGUGUGUGCCAAAUUCUGGAGCUCCUUGUCAGCGGAGUGAUGGUCUCAGUGAUACAUUUUUGAGAUUGCCUAUGGUGAAAGUGAGAGAAACAGGUUGUAGUGCAUCUACUGUAACAGAUUGUGAGGCACAUUGCCUUCAGGACUGUAAUUGUGUGGCUUAUGCUAUUGGUGUUGCAAAUUGCUCAGGAACGGCCACUCUUACCGAGAAGAGUUGCUUAACAUGGUCUCAAUUUCCUCGCUUACAGGAGGAGUAUCCUCAGGGGCUUACUCUCUUUGUCCGCACUCUGUCUGCAGACCUAGGAUCUAUUUCAAGAGCCUGCAAACCUUGUGGAGCAUAUAUAAUCCCUUAUCCCCUUAGUACUGAUGGAGCGAGUUGUGGAGAUUCCUCAUACUCCUAUCUUCAAUGCAAUUCAAAGACAGGGCAGGUUAACUUCUCAACUCCCACAGGCACCUUCAGAGUCUCCUUAAUUGAUCCAAAUGCAGCAAACUUUUCCAUCCAAGUCAUGCAUGCAAAUAGUUGUGACAGUGAAUAUAUAAACUCAUUCGUUCUGUCACCCAAGCUUUCCUUGCCUUUCUUUUUUAAAAAAUGCACCAUUUUUAAAGAUGAACCUUUAAUUCAGCUCGAACAGCCUUUUAUUGAAGUUGAUAUAGGCUGGGAACCACCUUCAGAGCCCACUUGUAAUAUAUCCUCUGAUUGUGUUGCCUGGAAUCAUACUACUUGUAAAGCCGCAAAAGGGAAUACAAGGAGGUGUAUGUGUAGAUCAAAUUUUCGCUGGGAUGGUACAAAGCUGAAAUGUACUAGAGUGCCUUUUCCUCUCAAGGUUGUGGUUUCUUGCGUUGCUGUUGCGUUGGCAAUCAUUGCUCUCUGUGGUGUAUUCUUUGUUUAUCGUAAGCGUGAAAGAAGGAUCGCUGAAAAGCAAGAAUCAUUUAAGCUCAAGGGAGAUGAUACUGAAGACAUAGAUGUCCCAUUUUUCGUUUGGGGAAGCAUAGUAUCUGCUACAAACGAUUUUGCUGAUGCAAAUAAGCUUGGAACAGGAGGAUUUGGUUCUGUUUACAGGGGUAAGCUUCCAGAUGGAAAGGAAAUUGCUGUCAAGAGGCUAUCAAGUGUGUCAAUGCAAGGCGUUGCAGAAUUUAGGACUGAGGUUGUGCUGAUUGCCAAACUCCAGCAUCGGAACCUUGUAAGACUUCUGGGAUAUUGUGUGAAAGAAGAUGAGCAUAAUUUAGUUUAUGAAUACAUGCCUAAUGGAAGCCUAGACUCAUGUUUAUUUGACCAAACCUUUUCUGUUUACUUGGACUGGAAGAAGCGUUAUGAUAUCAUCCUCGGUAUAGCUAGAGGCCUUGUUUAUCUCCACCAAGACUCGAGGCUUAGAAUUAUCCAUCGAGACCUAAAACCAAGCAACAUUUUGCUUGAUGAGGAGCUCAAUCCAAAAAUUUCAGACUUUGGUGUAGCAAGGAUUGUUGGAGGAAAAGCAACAGAGGCAAACACUAACAAAAUUGUCGGAACAUAUGGCUACAUGUCUCCUGAGUACGCAUGUGAAGGAUACUUUUCAAUCAAAUCAGAUGUUUUCAGCUUUGGCGUGGUUGUAUUGGAGACUAUCAGUGGCAGAAGAAAUUCAAGAACAACUGUGUUCGAGGAAGGUCUGAAUCUGCUUGGACAUGCAUGGAGAUUAUGGUCCGAAGAUAGAGGACUGGAAUUCAUAGACCCAACACUGAAAGAAUCAUGCAAUCCAACCCAAGUGUUGAAGUGUAUUUAUCUCGGGUUAUUAUGUGUACAAGAUGACCCUGUUGAUCGUCCCACCAUGCCAAACGUGGUCCUUAUGCUUAGCAGCAGCAAUGAAAGUACUGCGAGCCAGUCACUUCCGAAAAAACCAUCUUUCUUUAGUAGUUCAUCAUCAUGUGAGACUGCCUCAUUGUCCAGUCAAGGAGGUUUCAGCUCCAUUGAUAUGAUCACUGUGUCAACUGUUGGCCGAUAAAUUGUUAUUUAAAGUUGAUUAAAUAUACAAAUUACAACUGCAGAUUAGUUAUAGCAAUAGUUAAGAAGAAUGAUGGUCAAAGUUCGAGAUUCUUGUAUGAAUAAUGCAAAAUUCAAAGUAUUGCAAGUACUAAGAAAUUGGAGAAGAACUUCGAGUUGCAUUGUUUGGCAAUGUUGUUAUGCACCGCUUUCAAGAAUCAAGAUCAAGAUCAUGUGGACAAUAUUCGUUCUUUAA